UCCGCGUGCCCGGGUUUGUGAGGACAGCGGCCUCCAUGUGCUCCCUGAGCUGUUUCUCCCAGGAUGGCUGGACGCAGGGAACUUCAGGAUUUGGAGUUCCACGGAGUGAUGAGAUUUUAUUUUCAAGAUAAAGCCGCCGGGAACUUCGCCACGAAAUGCAUCCGGGUGUCCAGCACCGCCACCACCCAGGACGUGCUGGAGACGCUGGCCGAGAAGUUCCGCCCCGACAUGCGGAUGCUGUCGUCACCCAAGUACUCACUCUACGAGGUGCACGUCAGCGGAGAAGAAAGAAGAUUGGAUAUAGAUGAGAAACCCCUGGUGGUGCAGCUGAACUGGAAUAAAGAUGACCGAGAGGGGCGGUUUGUCCUUAAGAACGAGAACGAUGCCAUUCCUGCAAAGAAGGCUCAAAGUAAUGGACCUGAAAAGCAGGAAAAAGAAGGUGUUAUCCAGAACUUCAAGAGAACUCUCUCAAAGAAGGAAAAGAAGGAAAAAAAGAAGAGAGAAAAAGAGGCAGUGAGACAGGCGUCUGAUAAAGAUGAUAGACCUUUCCCUGGGGAUGACAUCGAGAAUUCUCGCCUCGCCGCCGAGGUCUACAAAGACAUGCCUGAGACCAGCUUUACGCGAACCAUCUCCAACCCCGAGGUGGUCAUGAAGCGGCGGCGGCAGCAGAAGCUGGAGAGGAGGAUGCAGGAGUUCCGGAGCUCGGACGGGCGGCCGGACUCGGGUGGAACAUUGAGAAUUUACGCAGAUAGUUUAAAACCAAAUAUUCCCUACAAGACGAUCCUGCUGUCCACUACAGACCCUGCGGACUUCGCCGUGGCAGAAGCCUUGGAGAAGUAUGGCCUGGAGAAGGAGAACCCCAGGGACUACUGCAUCGCCCGUGUCAUGCUUCCUCCUGGAGCCCAGCAUUCUGAUGAAAAAGGUGCUAAAGAAGUUAUCCUUGACGAUGAUGAGUGUCCUUUACAGAUCUUCAGGGAAUGGCCAAGUGACAGAGGGAUUUUAGUCUUUCAGUUGAAGAGGAGGCCGCCAGACCACAUCCCAAAGAAAAGUAAGAAGCACGUGGACGGGAAGCCCCUGCAGGGGAAGGAGAGAGCCGAUGGGUCGGCCUAUGGCUCUGCGCUGCCCCCCGAGAAGCUGCCCUACCUCGUGGAGCUGAGCCCGGGGAGAAGGAACCACUUUGCCUGCUACAGCUAUCACACUUCUGAAGAUGGCUCUGACUCCAGAGACAAGCCGAAGCUGUACCGCCUUCAGCUCAGCGUCACCGAGGUGGGGACCGAGAAGCUCGACGACAGCUCCAUCCAGUUGUUUGGUUCAGGCAUUCAGCCCCAUCACUGUGACCUCACGAACAUGGACGGGGUGGUCACGGUCACGCCAAGAAGCAUGGACGCUGAGACCUAUGUGGAUGGGCAGCGCAUCUCGGAGACCACGAUGCUGCAGAGCGGGAUGAAGGUGCAGUUCGGGGCGUCCCACGUAUUUAAGUUCGUGGACCCCAGCCAGGACCACACGCUCCCCAAGAGAUCCGUGGACGGGGGCCUGACCGUGAAGGGCCCCAGACAUAAGUCUGGAAUUGUUCAGGAGACGACUUUCGAUUUAGGAGGAGACGUUCACAGUGGAGCGGCCUUGCCAGCGAGCAGGAGCGCCGCCAGGCUGGACAGCGACAGGAUGCCGUCCGCCUCCAGCACUGCCGAGCGAGGGAUGGUGAAGCCCAUGGUCCGCGUGGAGCAGCAGCUGGACUACCGCCGGCAGGACAGCAGAACUCAGGAUGCUCCCGGGCCUGACCUGAUCCUGCCUGCAAGCAUUGAAUUCAGGGAAAGUUCUGAAGAUUCAUUUUUAUCUGCCAUUAUAAAUUACACUAAUAGCUCUACAGUCCAUUUUAAGUUGUCACCUACAUACGUAUUAUACAUGGCGUGUCGGUAUGUAUUGUCCAGCCAGUACAGACCUGACGUCAGCCCCGCGGAACGCACGCACAAAGUCAUGGCCAUCGUCAACAAGAUGGUGAGCAUGAUGGAAGGGGUGAUCCAGAAACAGAAGAACAUUGCAGGGGCCCUUGCCUUCUGGAUGGCCAAUGCGUCCGAGCUGCUCAACUUCAUCAAGCAGGACCGAGACCUCAGUCGGAUCACACUGGACGCACAGGACGUCCUGGCACACUUGGUGCAGAUGGCCUUUAAGUACCUGGUUCACUGUCUUCAGUCAGAGCUGAAUAAUUACAUGCCCGCCUUUCUGGACGACCCUGAAGAGGACAGUCUGCAGAGACCAAAAAUAGACGACGUGCUGCACACACUCACGGGCGCCAUGUCCCUGCUGCGUCGCUGCCGGGUCAACGCCGCGCUGACCAUCCAGCUCUUCUCCCAGCUGUUCCACUUCAUCAACAUGUGGCUGUUCAACCGCCUGGUGACCGACCCCGAGUCAGGUCUCUGCUCCCACUACUGGGGCGCCAUCCUCCGCCAGCAGCUCGGGCACGUGGAGGCCUGGGCCGAGAAGCAGGGCCUGGAGCUGGCGGCUGACUGCCACCUGAGCCGGAUCGUGCAGGCAACCACUUUGCUUACGAUGGAUAAGUACGCACCUGAUGACAUUCCAAAUAUAAACAGCACCUGCUUCAAGUUGAAUUCCCUGCAGCUCCAAGCCUUACUGCAGAAUUACCACUGUGCCCCCGACGAGCCCUUUGUCCCUGCGGACCUGAUCGAGAACGUGGUGGCCGUGGCCGAGAACACGGCGGACGAGCUGGCGCGCAGCGACGGCCGGGAGGUCCGGCUGGAGGAGGACCCCGACCUGCAGCUGCCCUUCCUCCUGCCUGAGGACGGCUACUCCUGCGACGUCGUCAGGAACGUCCCUAGCGGCCUGCAGGAGUUCCUGGACCCUCUCUGCCAGAGAGGGUUCUGCAGGUUAAUUCCUCACCCACGCUCCCCAGGCACCUGGACGAUAUAUUUUGAAGGUGCAGAUUACGAGAGUCACCUUCUGCGGGAGAACACAGAACUGGCGCAGCCUCUGCGUAAAGAACCUGAAAUCAUCACUGUGACCCUCAAAAAGCAGAACGGAAUGGGCCUUAGCAUUGUUGCCGCGAAGGGCGCUGGUCAAGACAAACUUGGGAUUUAUGUCAAGUCCGUUGUGAAAGGAGGCGCUGCAGACGUGGACGGGCGGCUCGCUGCGGGUGACCAGCUACUCAGCGUGGACGGACGGAGUCUGGUGGGACUCUCUCAAGAAAGGGCAGCAGAACUGAUGACAAGGACAAGCUCCGUGGUGACGCUCGAAGUGGCAAAGCAAGGAGCCAUUUACCACGGCCUCGCCACCCUGCUCAACCAGCCUUCCCCUAUGAUGCAGAGAAUUUCAGACCGCCGUGGGUCAGGUAAACCCCGACCAAAGAGCGAAGGCUUUGAGCUGUACAACAACUCGGCUCAGAACGGGUCCCCAGAGAGCCCGCAGACGCCCUGGGCCGAGUACAGCGAGCCCAAGAAGCUGCCGGGCGACGACCGGCUGAUGAAGCACCGGGCGGACCACCGCUCCAGCCCCAAUGUCGCAAAUCAGCCUCCCAGUCCUGGCGGGAAGAGCGCGUAUGCCCCGGGAACAGCAGCCAAGAUCACCUCUGUCUCCACGGGGAACCUCUGUGCUGAGGAGCAGACGCCUCCGCCCCGCCCCGAAGCCUACCCCAUCCCCACCCAGACGUCCACCAGGGAGUACUUCACCUUCCCGGCCUCCAGGUCCCAGGACCGCGUGGCGCCCCCACAGAGCCAGUGGCUGGGUCUCGAGGAGAAGCCCCACGUGCUGGCAGACGGGGACCACUCCAGCGCCGCCGUGCAGCGUGUGACCCGCUCCCAGGAGGAGCUCCGUGAAGACGCCUACCACCCCGAGCGGCAGCGGGCAGAGGCGGCCGCGGAGCACAGGUUGGACGGCAGCGACGCCUGGCCAACCCAGGGCUCGUCGCUGGGCUCCAGCGCGUCCAGCCAGGAGCACCUGGGGCCCCCCUCUAAGACGGGCACCCCCGCCUCCACACUCACCAAGAGCGGCCCCGGGCGCUGGAAGACCCCGGCCGCCUCCCCACCCGUGCGGACCGACCCGGCCCUGCCGCCACCACCGCCCGCCGGGUCCUACGCCGGGGAGGCGGACACGGACUCGCCCCCGCCAGCUGCCGCUGCCGCCGCCCAGGCGCAGGCAGCCGCCGAGCGGAAGAAGCGGGAGGAGCAGCAGCGCUGGUACGAGAAGGAGAAGGCGCGCCUGGACGAAGAGCGCGAGCGCCGGCGCAGGGAGCAGGAGCGCCGGCUAGGCCAGCUGCGCGCGCCCGCGCCGCCCCCCGCUCCCGCCCGCACGCCGGACACCGUGAUCCGCGAGCUGCAGCCGCAGCAGCAGCCGCGCACCAUCGAGCGCAGGGACCUGCAGUAUAUCACGGUCAGCAGGGAGGAGCUGGCCUCCGGGGACAGCCUGUCCCCCGACCCCUGGAAGCGCGACGCGCGAGAGAAGCUGGAGAAGCAGCAGCAGCUGCACAUCGUGGACCUGCUGAGCCGCGAGAUCCAGGAGCUGCAGGGCAAGGCUGAGCGCUCGGCCGAGGAGAGCGACCGGCUGCGCAAGCUGCUGCUGGAGUGGCAGUUCCAGAAGCGGCUGCAGGAGUCCAAGCAGAAGGACGAGGACGACGAGGAGGAGGAGGACGACGACGUGGACACCGUGCUGCUCAUGCAGCGCCUGGAGGCCGAGCGCAGAGCGCGGGAUGAGGAGCGGCGGCGGCAGCAGCAGCUGGAGGAGAUGCGGACGCGGGAGGCGGAGGAGCGCGCGCGGCAGGAGGAGCAGCGGCGCCGGCAGGAGGACGAGAGGGUCAGGCGCGAGGCCGAAGACAAGAGGCGGCAGGAGGACGGUUACUACAGCCGCCUGGAGGCUGAGCGCCGCCGCCAGCACGAGGAGGCCGAGCGCCGGCUGCUGGAGCCCGAGGAGCCGGGCCUGGGCCGCCCGCCACUCCCGCGUGGGUACGAGCCCGCCGGCCCGCCGCCGCCACCGCAGCGCACCGCCUCCUACCUGCAGACGCAGGCCCUCUCCCCGGAUGCCCUCUACACCGCCAAGUUCGUGGCCUACAACGAAGAGGAGGACGAGGACGAGGAGCCGGCAGGAGCAAACUCUUACGUGGGAUCUGCUGGAGCAGUUUUUGGAGCCCAUGAUGUUCAUCGGGAUCCGAGAGAGAAACCGUCCAAGAGCCACGAAGCAGACGUCCCUGGGGGGCCCGGAGCCCCUGAAAACCUGACAUUCAGGGAGCGCCAGCGCCUUUUCUCCCAAGGCCACGACGUCUCCAAUAAAGUCAAGGCCUCUCGCAAGCUAACAGAGCUGGAGAACGAGCUGAACACGAAGUGAGGACGGCCCUGUGUCCAGCACGGUCCCUUGGGGUGCUGGUGACGGCACAGCCUGAGGACCCCGGUCCCCAGGGAGCCUGCUUCUAGAAGGCUUGGCAUGUGGAAGAGUUCUAUCGCUAAGAAAUUCCGCUUUACCUUACCAAGAGACUGUCAUUUCUACAAUCUAGACACUGUCUUCUUAGUGACCUGACUCCCAGGAAGGUAGCUUUCUGGUCAGUCUCUAGGGUCUGGGCUUGGAAAGGGGCAGAAGAAGAUGCUGAGAUGUGUCUUCACCCCCGUCUUCCCCCAAGGAGCACAAAGAAGUCCUGUUGCUGUUCUUUUUUAAAACUUGCUGUUCACUAAUCAGAGUAGCUUGAACUCCCCAGACUGUCAUUUGCACUCCUUAGCGGCAGCUGCAGCCUGCUGCGGGAGAUGACUCUGGGGAGACUGCGCGGACGUGCCUGCAUGCCAAGGAGUGCGGCCGGCCUGCCGUGCCCGCGGCUGGGAGGCGGGAGGACCUGAGCGGGACCGCUGCAGCGCCGUCCCCACGGGCAGCCCUCCGAAUCAGCUCUAGUGUUUGAUUGAAGCAAGUUUCUCCAAGAAGAAAAUUUUGAGCUUAGGAAAUUUUAUUUUUUUAAAUACCAGAUGAUUAUUAUGCCAGUAAGUCAUUAGUGAUUUUAAAGAUGGCGCUUAAGUUAGAAGGUUAACUAAAUGUUUCAAAUAUUCCAAGGGAAUCUGUAAAGGAGGAUGUCUACUAAACAGUGUUGACAUGAAUAGGAACAAAAGUACCGAAGAAGGACGAGCGCGCAGUAGGCGACACUCGGCACAGCUGUCGAUCAGAAGAGAGCUGAGUUCACACCCAUCUGCUGUCAGGGAAGGGAGGGUCCAUGGCGUGUGGCGUCUGUAACUGAAAUGCUGUAGGAAAGACUCGUGGCAGUUCAGGCUAUUUUUUUACAUUUGAAUAGAGUUAUUUAAUUUUCAUGUAUUGAAUUAUUAGUUACCACUGUCACUUCUUCAGCUGUGAAUAUGAGGCUGGUGUUGGGGAGACGGACCUCACUUUGUUUUAUAUUAUGUGAUGUUAAAACAGUCAAUGAUUUUGUGAUCAUGAGCAGAUUUUCUAUUUGACAAGCCCUGCUGCAGCUCUAGAUGACUUUACCGUAUUGUUCUGUUAACAAUAGGUGUGUUAGGAAGAUACGCACACUUUCCAGGAGAGGGUGGGGGGCUGUCUGCCUUAGAAAUCACUUUCCUCAGAGCUGUAAGAUAAAUCAUUACAACGUGACUGUAAAUAUUUUCUGCGUCCGUCAGGGUUCAUAUCUGGAAGUGUGCUGCUCUGAUUUCCCUCGUUAAGAGAGUAAGUGGUUCUAAGUGUUUAUGAAGGAUCUGCAUGCUUGUGCCUCCCGACGUCUCGAGAACACUGGCAGCCUUACGGGGACUGAAUCCACAGCCUAUUUAAAGAAAAAGAUACAGGUGAACUGUUAUCCUGUUAAUAUAUAGAAAAACAACAGACACACAUGAGAACAUGCAAAUACAUGUAAAUAUUUACAUGCAGGGAUAUUUCUAUGUGUGAUUGUAAACCCGUUCCCGUGGAUUUGGCGGUCCUUGGACUUUUAGGUCAAAUGUGAAUAUGUGUAAAGUGCUUUUCAUGACUGUGCGUUACUAUGGAGAAGACAUCAGACCUGCUGUAGUUUUCCAUUUCUACUGUACUUCGUUUGCAGCCUAUUUUUAAUAAACUUCAUAUGUAUUUAAGGGUA